GAGAGAGAGAGAGAGAGAGAGGCCGCCGGGUACAGAGCGGAGGUUACCACAGGACACUCCGCCUGCACCGCCGCUGGACCUCCACAAACCAGCAACAAGCGGCGGACGCAGACGACCGAGCGUCUCGGAUUAAUCUCCCCGCUCCCACCGCCACUUUCCCCCACGUUCCGGACGCUCUGCCGCUCGGCUGCAACUUCACCAUGACGCCUCGCAUUCAGUAUUAAUGUGUUUUUUAUGUCUCUCCCCGCCGUGGACUCUGUGAACCGGAGCGACCGGGGAGAAAGGGAAGGAGGAGGACGAGGACGCCGCUUUUCGCCACUUUUUUUCCGGCUGCGUUCACUGACGGCAUGCGGGGGAUUUAAACGGCAGCGAGCGAGUAAUAUGUGUGUUUAAGACGGCUAGCGGCGGCGAACCGAAGCCAGUGUGAUGGUGUAGUGUUAUAACAUUAGGCCGACGUUAUUUCCUUUCGUUUUAUUUAUUUAUAAGGGCUACAACUCCAGCAGCACUUGUAGCAUUUGGACGGACAAAUUCACCCGAGCAGAGCGACACAAAGGACGGCAAAGUUUGACUUCUAGUCCCCCCCCUCCUCUCCAAGGGCUGAAAGGUCACCGGGACCGGUCAUCUCCUCCUCUCUCCUCCCCCUUCCUCACCCUCCUAUCAGUCUGUUAUGAAGAUGUGAACUCUUCCUCUCCCCCUCCCUCCCUCUUUCUGUCUCUCCUCGCCGUCCUUUGAUCUUUUUUUUCCCUUCCCCUCUCUCCUCUAUUUGAUACAAAGAGAUCAAACAGCCACUUCCCCUCCUCUCGGGGAUGUACGAAAGCGUGGAUGUGGUGGGUUUGAGCCCCAGCCCCAGCAGCCCCAGCCCGGGCUCGUUCCUCAGCAUGGACUACUACCACAGACCCCCGGGGCUCGGGCCGGAGAAGGGGCUCCUGUCCGGGGUGGGAGGACUCCAGCGUCCGUUCGGAGGCUCGCUGGUGACGAGGAGACACUGGAGCGGAUCCAGCCACUCUAUAGAGACCGAGAGCACAAGUUCAGGGGAGGAUCUUCUCGUCCCCAGCCCUCCUUCACCUCCACCUCCACCUCGUGUCUACAAGCCCUGCUUCGUUUGUCAGGACAAAUCUUCAGGAUACCACUAUGGAGUCAGCGCCUGUGAGGGCUGUAAGGGCUUCUUUCGGAGGAGCAUCCAGAAGAACAUGGUGUACACAUGCCACCGAGACAAAGUCUGCGUCAUAAACAAAGUGACGAGGAACCGGUGUCAGUCCUGUCGGCUGCAGAAGUGCCUCGAUGUGGGCAUGUCCAAAGAGUUGGUGCGAAAUGACAGAACAAAGAAGAAGAAGGAGGAGAAGAGGCAGGGAGAGGCAGAGAUCUACGUCCUGUCGGCCGACACGGAGCAGAUGAUUGAACGAGUUCGUCGAGCCCAUCAGGACACCUUCCCCUCGCUCGGUCAGCUGGGGAAAUACACCACGAGCAACAGCUCUGAGCACCGCGUCGCUCUGGACGUCAGUCUCUGGGACAAGUUCAGCGAAUUAUCCACCAAAUGCAUCAUCAAGACGGUGGAGUUCGCCAAGCAGCUUCCUGGUUUCACCACGUUAACCAUCGCUGAUCAGAUCACGCUGCUCAAAGCCGCCUGCCUCGACAUUCUGAUUCUGAGGAUCUGCACCCGCUACACCCCAGACCAGGACACCAUGACCUUCUCGGACGGCUUGACCCUGAACCGCACCCAGAUGCACAACGCUGGCUUCGGACCACUCACGGACCUCGUCUUCUCCUUCGCCAACCAGCUGCUGCCGCUGGAGAUGGACGAUGCAGAGACCGGACUGCUCAGCGCCAUCUGCCUGCUCUGUGGAGACCGUCAGGAUCUGGAGGAGUCAGAGAAGGUGGAUGUUCUUCAGGAGCCCAUGCUUGAAGCCUUGAAGAUCUAUGUGAGGAGGAGGAGGCCUGAUAAACCCUGCAUGUUCCCCAAGAUACUGAUGAAGAUCACUGACCUCAGGAGCAUCAGUGUGAAGGGAGCCGAGCGAGUGAUCACCCUGAAGAUGGAGAUACCCGGCUCCAUGCCUCCUCUCAUCCAGGAGAUGCUGGAGAACUCUGAGGGCCUGGAGGGGCACGGGGCAGGGGGAGGGAAAGGAAGAGGAGGAGGAGGCAGAGAAGAGGACGAAACAGACGCUGCUGGAAGUUGUCAUCCAUCGCCCAAAUCUGUCCCCUCUCCCAGCCCCAGCCCGGCGCCCUGCUCCCCUUCUUCUCCCAUAAACUCCCCCUGAAGCUCCACACUGAGCUUCUGAUGACAUAAACUGGAGGACAGAGCAGCUUCAGAGGAGAGUCUGAAUGUCUGAACCCGUGAACUCUCUGGGGACAUGUGAGACUGUGCAACGAGGACUGAUUUCAGACGUCAUGGUUGUGUACAUAGAAUGCAAAAGAACACAAGUUCACAUUUUUAUCUUUUUAAGAUGUUUAUAAAGCUAAUGACUUGCAGCCUAAAUGACAGAUUAUCUAGAGCAGGGGUGUCAAACUCAUUUUAGUUCACAUUCAGCCCAAUUUCAUUUCAAGUGACCAGUAAAAUCACAGCAUUAUAACCUAUAAAUAACUACAACUCCAAUUUUUCCCCCUUUGUUUUGGUACAAAAAAGUACUUUCUGAAAAUGUUCACAUUUAAGGAAUUAUCUUUUUACAAAACAUCCUGAACAACCUGAAAUUUCUUCAGAAAAGUAAGUUCAAUUUCAACAACAUUAUGCCUGUUUAUCAUUUACACAUUACAACUUCCAGAUCACAGAGGAUCUAUAAAGACAAAACAUUUAGUACCUGGUAUCUGGAACUGAACAAUGUAGUAUUUUACUUAUUGAUCAAAAUGACAAAAGUCAGACCAAAAAAAGGACAAAGAACAACAAAAGCAAGACAAAAUAUUACAAAAAUGAGACACAAAAUGAUGAAAAAUAAGACAAAUGACAUGAAAUUUAACAAUAAAGACAAAAUAUUGAUUAAAAAGUUACAAAGCAACAAAAAAAGACAAAGACGACACAAAAAUUACACAAAUGAGACAACAAAUGACAAAAAAAGAAACAAAACAACCAAAAAAUAAGACAAAAACACAAGCGAGACAAAAAGGAAAUACAAAACAACAAAAACAUGAAGCAAACGAUAAAAGUCAGACAAAAAAAGACAAAAAAACAACAAAAAUAAGACAAAAUAUUACAAAAAGGAAACGCAAAAUGACAAAAAUGAGAAAAAAACAAAAACAUGAGACUAACGACAAAAGGCAGACAAAAAAACAACAAAAACAACAUGACAAAAGAACAAUAAGCAAUCUAGUAUUUUACUUUAUGAUCAAAACACCUUAUGGUUUAGAAAUUAUCUUAAAAUUACAGAUUUACAAAGUUAGAAUUUGCAGUUCAUGUCUUCUCUGUAAUUUUUAUACUUUAAAGUCGUCCCAUGGGCCAGAUUGGACCCUCUGGAAGGCCGGUUUUGGCCCACGGGCCACAUGUUGCACACCCCUGCUCUAGAGGCUCACAUGUGGACGGACUGAUGCCGAGGAUUCCUCCUGAUUCAUUUCCUUCGUGUACAGGAUCCAGAAUCAUUACGUGUAUAUAGUGUACAUAACAAAGCCGGAGCGAAUCUGAAACCGAAACAGACGGAUGCAAGAAGUUAUUUUCUUAAAUGUACAUGUGUAAAUACUGUAUUUCCCCGAUGCAGCUAUCCAUCCCGUUCACAGCACACACACAAACACUCACUCACCUUCCUCCUUUCUUAGCCCACACAUCAGAGAAGAUGAAUACAGAUUGGAAGAUGAGCGUUUGAAUCGCUUCCACAUGCAGCUCCAGCAAAGAGCUUCAACAAACUGUGAAAUUUACGGAGUUCAUUUCUGAACCAAACAUCACGUCUGCCCGUCGGCGGACCCUUUCAACCAAAGCAGAGUCAGAAUCCAGGUCUUAUUUCAAUCUGUUCAGCAUCUUCAUCAUCAUCAGGUGUCGCCAAACAUCUAAAUGUUUUUUAUAGUCUGCACCACUUCAUGUCAUAGUGUGUUUCCACCGUGUCACUGCCUCACUACUACACCCCUAGUGUCAGGUACAAACCAUCUGUAUCCAUUUCAGUGUCGUCCCCUUUAAUGUGUGGUGAGCUGAGACUCACUGGAAAGUAUAAAAACACAGGGAGUUCAAUAAAGAAGUCUGAUUUUCUUCUUCUA